AUGGAAAUGGCUGUGGGAAUAGUACAAUUAGCUAUAAAUUGGACGACUGCUACCAAGCAGCACAAAUGCCGACAGUAUAUCGAAGUCGAUUCAAAACGAAUCCGCGGUGAAAUCGUGUGCAGCUACAAUUGUACACUGUCGCUUGCGCUAGAUCACCUGGCGAGCAAGUUUUACACCGAGAACACCUAA